UGCUCCAUCUGCCUGGAGCCCUUCAAGGAGCCGGUCACCACGCCGUGCGGCCACAACUUCUGCGGGUCGUGCCUGGGUGAGACGUGGGCCGUCCAGGGCGCGCCGUACCUGUGCCCGCAGUGUCGCGCCGUCUACCAGGCGCGCCCGCAGCUGCACAAGAACACGGUGCUGUGCGCUGUGGUGCAGCAGUUCCUGCAGGCCGAGCUGGCCCAGACGCCGCCCCCCGACGGCUGGACGGCGCCCGCCCGUGCCGACGCCCCCGCUCCGGACGCCCGGGUGGCCUGCGACCUCUGCCUGAAGGAGGCCGCCGUGAAGACGUGCCUCGUGUGCAUGGCCUCCUUCUGCCAGGAGCACCUGCAGCCGCACUUCGACAGCCCCGCCUUCCAGGACCACCCGUUGCAACCACCGGUUCGCAAUCUGCUGCACCGCAAAUGUCCCCAGCACAACCGGCUGCGGGAGUUCUUCUGCCCUGAGCACGGCGAGUGCAUCUGCCACAUCUGCCUGGUGGAGCACAAGGCCUGCUCGCCCGCGUCCCUGAGCCAGGCCAGCGCCGACCUGGAGAACAAGCUGAGGCAGAAACUAACUGUCAUGUACGGUCAGAUCAAUGGGGCGUCGAAAGCACUGGAAGAUGUGAGAGCCAGGCAACAGGAUGUGCGGGAGUCUGCAAACAAGAAGAUGGAGCAGCUCAGACACGAAUACCUGGAAAUGAAGGCUCUCAUUGAUGCCUCAGAGGCUGCCGUGACACGAAAGAUAAAGGAAGAAGAGAAGAGGGUCAUCAACAAGUUGGACACCAUUUAUCAGAUUCUCCUCAAGAAGAAGAGUGAGAUCCAGACGCUGAAGGAGGAGAUUGAACUUGGACUGACUAAGGGGGAAGAGUUUGAGUUUCUGGAGAAAUCUUCAAAACUGCAAGGAAUCUCAACGAAGCCAGUCUACGUCCCCAAGGUGGAGCUGAAUCACGAGCUAAUAAAGGGUGUUUACCAGGGCACCUUAGACCUCAAGAACGAGCUGAAGCGGUGUAUCAAGCAGCUCCAGGAGAAGAAGCCCGAUGAGCCCACUAGCUCAGGUGACCCUGGAGAGCCCAGCCUGGGGUUCACAUACAAAUCAUCACGCACUGCAAAGAAGGUCCUUCAGAAAGAGAAGAAACCCAAGAAUCCUUAUACCGCCCCUGCCUCACCCAAGAAGAUUCCCACCUUUGGAGCCCCAGAACAGUUAGUGGAUUUAAAAGAAGUUGGCCAAGAGGCUGCAGCCAACACCACUGCCUCACAGCCGAACACAGCAGCUCUCAAGGCCAAGGUGCUGGAGACCUUCUUAGCCAAGUCCAGAUCCGAGCUCCUGGAGUAUUAUGUUAAAGUCAUCCUGGACUACAACACCGCCCAUAACAAGGUGGUUCUCUUGGAGAAUUACUCUGUAGCUUCUGUGGCUGACAUCCCUCAGAGCUAUCGGCCCCAUCCCCAGCGGUUCACAUACUGCUCCCAGGUGCUGGGCCUGCACUGCUACAAGAAGGGGAUCCACUACUGGGAGGUGGAGCUGCAGAAGAACAACUUCUGUGGGGUGGGCGUCUGCUACGGCAGCAUGGAACGGCAGGGCCCCGAGAGCCGGCUCGGCCGCAACAGCACGUCCUGGUGCGUGGAGUGGUUCAACACCAAGAUCUCCGCCUGGCACAACAACGUGGAGAAAACGCUGCCCUCCACCAAGGCCACGCGGGUCGGCGUGCUUCUCAACUGUGACCAUGGCUUUGUCAUCUUCUUCGCUGUUGCCGACAAGGUCCACCUGAUGUAUAAGUUCAAGGUGGACUUCACCGAAGCUCUGUACCCGGCCUUCUGGGUGUUCGCUAAGGCCACACUGUCCAUCUGCUCCCCCAAGUAGGCAGGCCACGGACACCCUGGCUGAC